GUAUAUGGCAACUCUAAAGUGUACAGAGUAUUUUUAUUAUUAAACUAUUGAAAGUUGAAAGCAAAAUAUUAUUUUGGCACUGACUAACCCUGACUUUUGCUAUGUCAAUUACCUCAGCAGAUAAAAAUAAUUCAUAGGAAAGUGUAAUUUAUAACAAACGUCGCAAUAUAUAUUUCACAUUUUCAAGAUGGAACAAAAUAAUUCAGUUGACUGGCAAAUAUCAAGAAAAGAAGUAAGACAGAGGGCUCAAUAUCUUUUAGAAACAGGGCAAUGGUCAGAUUGCAAAUUUUUAGUUGGUUCAGAAUCUAAUCAACAAGUUGUGGAGGCUCAUAAAUUAUUUUUGGCCAUUGCCUCUCCAGUAUUCGAAGCUAUGUUUUUUGGAAAUAUGGCUGAGAAAAAUGAUACAAUUCCAAUAUUGGAUGUUCAGCCAGAUGCUUUUAAGGCAUUACUAGAGUAUAUCUACACAGACAACAUUAAUAUAAACUCUUUUGACAAAGCUUGUGAAUUGUGUUAUUGUGCAAAAAAGUAUAUGUUACCACAUUUGGUAGAGAAAUGUACAAAAUUUUUAUGGUCUGAUCUACAUGCCCGAAAUGCUGUUAAAGCAUAUGAAUUUGCUAAAUUAUUUGAAGAGCCUGUAUUGAUGGACAAAUGUCGACAAAUUAUAUGUUCAAAUACUUUGGAAGUAUUAAACUGCAACUCUUUCGAUGAUAUUGAGCCCCAAACAUUAGUCACAAUAUUUGAACAAGAAUUUUUAAGUAUAGACUCUGAACUGGAUCUUUUUGAUGCUGCUGUACGAUAUGCUCAAAAAUAUUCUGCUGAUAACCCUGAAGCAAUGGCUCAGAUCCCUCAUGUUCGUAUGGCAGUACAACAAAUAAGAUUUUUAACAUUAACUCCUCAAGAGUUUGCAGAAGGGCCUGCAAAAUCAAAUUUACUCACACAGGCAGAAGCAUUUGCAAUUCUUAUGAAUAUAUCAUCACCUUUAUCUGACUGCCCUAUGCCAGAAGGUUUUUCUUUAUCUACUGAAAGACGUGUCAAGUAUCAAAAAACGUUAGGCAACAACAUGCAUGAUUGUUCAUUGCAUCCAACAGACAAAGUUUCUGAAAUUCCAGUCAUGCAAAUGGUACCUCAAAGGGAAUCUAUCAGUCGAUCUGCUUUUUGUCCAGUUCCAACACCGUCAACUACAAAUAGUGUGAGCAAUGUUACUCUGACUGUGCCACCUCCGGUAGGACUGGCAAGUAGUAGCUCUAGUUAUGAGUGUCGCAGUAAUCCAAGAGAUUUGAGCAAAUAUAUAUGCUUAAGGCCUAUGAUGCAACAAACAGAUUGCCUAAAUGCUAGUGUUUUGGAUUGCUCAGUUACUUUCACUGUGGACAAGAAUAUAUGUGUCACUGGAAUUCAGGUUCCAACACAAGUGACGGUAUCUGAAGGCAACGGUAAUCAGAACAUAGGAUGUUACACAGAUAUCUUAUAUGCACACUUACUGGACGCUGAUGGAUCACGACUAACAUAUACACACCAUACAGCGCGGGUUUCCUUCAGAUCCUUACAAGAGAUUUCAUUUAACCGAGCAAUUUACAUCCAGAAAAAUAAAGUUUAUAAGGUAGGAGUAGUUUUUAAUAAAGUUGGCUGGUAUCCCAUGGGGGCUUGCUCUCAAAGAGUACAAUCGGAAUCUGUGUUGUUUAAUUUCUGCGUAGGACCGGCGAGUGACAAUGUACGAGAUGGUUUAAUUAGGUCCAUAGUAUUUGGUUAAUUGCAUAUUGGAUAUAUUUUAAUAUGUGUGUGAGGAGAAUAAUAAAAACUUCUAUUAUUAGGUUUGAACUAUGUUU